AUGUCACUCCGCCAUAUAUUCCAUCGAGCCGUCCGAUCACAGCCCUCGUACAUUGCAACGAGGAGCUACGCCAACCAGACCCCCGGCAGUCCAGUCUUCGAUGUGUUCAACCGAAAAGUCAAGCAUCUUCAGAGAGAUCGCGCAGCUCGGAAUGUGGAGGAGAGCAGAAAAACAGACUACAUCAAAGAUGAGGAUAUUAAACGAGAUUUCCCCCAUGUCCUGGACCUAGGCGCCAACAGCUGCAACAUCGCUCGCGCCCUGACAACACCAAACCCGGACCCCAGCACCGAGACAUCGCCGCCUCUAGCGGACAAGAUCUCCAAACUCACCUGCAUCGACACGUCACACGCCCUCCUCUACCGGGACGCAGACGAACCCUUCAACAAGGGGAUCAAUCUCGAGCGGCAGGUCGUCCCAGACCUCGAGACCCUGCCCUACGAACCUAACACCUUCGACGCCGUCCUGUCCUCCCUUUCCAUCCACUGGAUCAACGACCUUCCCUCUCUGCUGGCACAGGUGAACAGCAUCCUCAAGCCAGACUCCCCCUUCAUCGCAGCCAUGUUCGGCGGCGACACGCUAUUUGAGCUCCGCACGUCGCUGCAGCUGGCGGACCUCGAGCGGCGGGGUGGCGUCAGCCCGCAUGUGUCCCCUCUGGCGGACGUCCGGGAUGUCGGCGGGCUGCUGAACAAGGCCGGAUUCAAGAUGUUGACGGUGGACGUCGAGGAUAUCGUGGUCGAGUUCCCGGACACGUUUGCGCUCAUGCAGGAUCUUCAGGCGAUGGGGGAGAAUAACGCCAUUUUGCAUCGGGAGUUGGGGCCUAUUUCGCGCGAUGUGCUCUUGGCCAACGAGGCGAUCUACCGCGAGCUGCAUAAGGAGGAAGGGUCGAGGGGUAUCCCCGCUACAUUCCGGCUGAUAUACAUGAUCGGGUGGAAGGAAGGGGAAGGCCAGGCGCAACCAUUGCAGCGAGGCAGCGGGCAGGUUAAUCUGAAAGACAUCCUUGGGGGCGGGUCCUUCGAUCGGCCAUAA